UUUAGUUAAACCGAUUAGUCGAGUUGACGGUCAACUACAGAACCUUUCAAGUGGAGAAGAAGGUUUCCGAACUCGCAAAAAUAAAACCCUAAACCUCUUUUCGCUUCUACGGCAGCUGCUGACAACAUCUUUCUUCUCCUCCUCCUUUCUCCUUUCUUUCGCAUACAUCGAAAACGCAGGUGAUCUUCCGUGGUGGUGUAUUAAGAAAAUGGGUACCAAAGGAAUGGAUCAGAUAAGCGAGAAAAAGCGUGGAAAGAACAAGUUGAAGAAAGCAGAGGAUGUAGUAGACGGUACACCAAUGGAUGAUAUGAGCGAUAAGAAGCGUGGAAAGAACAAGUUGAAAUCCAAGAAACAAGAAGCUGAAGAGCAUGAAGAACAGCUUAAACGGCUAAAAGAAACACAAGCUGAGUUUUUUGAGUAUAUGAAAGAGCAUGAUGAGGAUCUUCUCAAGUUUGAUGCUGCUGAGUUUGAGGAUGAUGCUGAUGCUGAGACUGACUUGGAAGACACUGAGAAGCAAGGUGAUGAUGAAACCACCAACCUGGAAGUUGCAAAGAAAGCAAACGAGCGGAAGACGAUCACAGCAGCCAUGGUGGACUCAUGGUGUAAGUUAAUCAAAGAAGACGCGAAGCUAGGCGCGGUGCGUUCUAUCUUGAGAGCUUAUAGAACCGCAUGUCACUACGGUGAUGAUACCGGAGACGACCCGUCUGCAAAGUUCAGCGUUAUGUCGAGCGCUGUGUUCAACAAGAUAAUGAUAUUCGUUCUGAGUGAGAUGGAUGGGAUUCUUAGGAAGCUGUUGAGGCUUCCUGCAACUGGAGGAAUGAAGGAUACUAUCAUGGAGCUGACUAACACAAGGCCUUGGAAGAACUAUAAUCACUUGGUCAAAUCAUAUCUUGGGAACUCGCUUCACGUCCUGAACCAGAUGACUGACCAAGGGAUGAUAUCGUUUACUCUCAGGCGGUUGAAACACUCGUCAGUCUUUCUAUCUGCCUUUCCAAGCCUCCUUAGGAAAUAUAUUAAGGUUGCACUUCAUUUCUGGGGAACCGGCAGCAGCUCCAUCUCCGUUGUCUCGCUGCUUUUUCUGAGAGACUUGUGCAUACGCCUUGGAACUGACUGUGUGGAUGACUGCAUCAAGGGAAUGUACAAGGCCUAUGUGUUGAACUGCCAGUUUGUAAACGCUGUUAAGCUGCAGCAUAUCUCCUUUCUUGGUAACUGUUUCAUCGAGCUUCUCGGCACGGACAUCUCAGCUUCUUACCAGCAUGCAUUCGUCUUCAUAAGGCAACUCGCAAUGAUUCUACGUGAAGCGCUCAACACAAAAACAAAAGAAGCGUUUAGGAAAGUGUACCAGUGGAAGUUCAUCCACUGUCUUGAGCUUUGGACCGGUGCUGUUUGUUCCUACAGCUCCCAGUCUGAGCUCAGACCAGUUGCUUACCCACUGGCGCAAAUAAUCUCCGGUGUAGCACGGCUUGUUCCCACUGCUCGCUAUAUUCCACUCAGACUAAGAUGCGUUAGUAUGCUAAACCGGAUCGCUGCUUCGACCGGUACCUUUAUACCAGUCUCAAUGCUUCUUAUGGACAUGUUGGACAUGAAAGAGCUCAAUAGACCUCCCACUGGUGGUGUUGGCAAAGGUGUCGAUCUACGCACGCUACUCAAGGUGAGUAAACCGGCGGUGAAGACGAGAGCGUUUCAGGAGGCGUGUGUUUACUCUGUAGUGGAGGAGCUUGUGGAGCAUUUGACUCAGUGGAGCUAUUCGGUGGCUUUCUUUGAGCUGUCAUCUAUUCCGACCUUGAGGCUGCGUAGCUUUUACAAGUCCACUAAAGCUGAGAGGUUUAGGAAAGAGAUGAAGCAGCUCAUUAGCCAGAUUGAAGCUAACUCAGAGUUUGUCAACAAAAAGAGAGCGUGUGUUGGUUUUCAACCCAAUGAGCCUGCUGCUGCAUCAUUCCUUGAGGAUGAAAAGAAGGCAGCUGAAAGCCCUCUAUCGCAAUAUGCAGUGAUUAUCCGCCAAAGAGCGAAGCAAAGAAACGAAUCACUGGUGGAAUCAGAUGUUAUUGUGGGAGAGGACUCAGCGGUGUUUGGGAAAAACGCACCAAGCAGCGAUGAGGAAGAAGAUGAAGCAGAUAGGAACGAAAAGGGUGCUGCAGCUUUCAGUUCCUCCUGGUUACCUGGAAGUGACUCCAAAGAAAGAGAGGCAGAGGAAGAAGAAGAGAAGAAGAAACCAAAGAAACGUAAGAGGAAGAGUCAAGCAGAGAAGAAGCAAGUUGAGGAAGGUGCAGGAGAAGAUGAUGUUGUGGAAGAUUUUGUGUUCAGUUCUGAUGAAGAGGAUGAUCUGUUUGAUAUAGAAGGAGACAAAGAUGAGGAGGACGAUGUUGAUGAUGAUGCAGCAGAUGAGAUUGCAGAGCCUGAGACAAAGAAGACCUCUAAGAAGACCAAGGGCACCUAUAAGACCUGGCAUAAGAACUACAAGAAGACGAAGAAUAAGAAGAAGGCUCGAGUGGCUUAGUCUUUUUGGUGUGUACUUCGAUGUCUACAAAAAUCACUUUUUCGAAUGUCUUGCAAAACAUCAUCAAACAAAAUUUUUGGGAGAAUGGAACUAAUAUCUGAUAUUUGAAACUAAUGUAUGAUUUUUUUUUUUCUA